GACGCUAAGCUUUCGUGACGUCAGAGUCGCGACUCCAGUGGCCGACAUCUUGGGUAACGAAAGCUACACGGUGAUUUCAGUGAGUGUCAUUUUAUCGGGUUAUUUCCCGUUUAAACCAUAGAAUCCUCUCUAAACACGGUGUCCGUCCCGGGAUCCCCGCUCUGCGGUGCUCGAUACGCGCCUUACAGUGGGGUUCAGACUGGGCAUGGGGGUUUAUCCGCUAUAUUGAGACAUAGUGACUCUCACUGUAUUGGGGAGGGGGGGGGAGUCAUUAUUUGUAACAUGGAUUGAUGGAGGAAUUAGUAUAAAGUGCUAUUAUGAGUAAUGGGUCAUCCUUUGGAACUUUGUUUUAUAAGGCAUCCAGUGGCGUUGAAGAGGUUAAAGUCUUAAGGAUUUUCUGUAGAAACUAGAACCUAAAUGUAUGCACCAGAAAGGGGGAGAAAAAAAGAAAAACCAUCAAUAGGCAACACUGGAGUUUAUUCAGUAAAUUAUGAAUUGUACCAAAUUAAAAAAAUAUAAAUAGCAAAAUCAUUGCCUAAUGAAUUGUCAGUUAAUGAUGCCUACCUAGAGACACAAUUUUUAUUGCUUAACCCCUUAACCCCUUAAGGACGGAGCCAAAUGUACACGUUGUGAACAAAACAAAAUGUAAACAAAACCUGGCAUUUGUGCUACAUGUCUGUCCAACCGUAAUACACCUCUUUCAUAGUAAAUGCACCCACCCUUAUUAUAUAUCAUUUUAUUCAGGGGAAACAGGGCUUUCAUUUAAUAUCAAAUAUUUAGCUAUGAAACAUAAUUUAAUAUGAAAAAAAUGGGAGAAAAUACGAUUUUAUUGGAUUUUUUAGUUCUACAUGACAAUUAAACGGUCAGUGUCAUAAUACUGUUUGCUUUUACUGCAAUAAAAUACACAUAUUUGUAUUCAGCAAAGUCUCACGUGUAAAACAGUACCCCCUAUGUACAGGUUUUAUGGCGUUUUGGGAAGUUACAGGGUCAAAUAUAGCACGCUACAUUUGAAAUUGAAAUUCGCCAGAUUGGUUACGUUGCCUUUGAGACUGUAUAAUAGCCUGGGAAUGAAAUUUACACCCAUAAUGGCAUACCAUUUGCAAUAGUAGACAACCCAAGGUAUUGCAAAUGGGGUAUGUCCAGUCUUUUUUAGUAGCCAUUUGGUCACAAACACUGGCCAAAGUUAGCGUUAGUAUUUGUGUGAAAAAUGCAAAAAAACGCCAAUUUUGGCCAGUGUUUGUGACUAAGUGGCUACUAAAAAAGACUGGACAUACCCCGUUUGCAAUACCUUGGGUUGUCUACUAUUGCAAAUGGUAUGCCAUCAUAGGGGUAAUUUUCAUUCUUGGGCUACCAUAGGGUCUCAAAGGCAACGUAACCAAUCUGGCGAAUUUUAAUGUGAAAAAAAUGAAACGCAAGCUUUAUAUUUGACGCUGUAACUUUUGAAAACACCAUAAAACCUGUACAUGAGGGGUACUGUUGUACUCGGGAGACUUCGCUGAACACAAAUAUUUGUGUUUCAAAACAGUAAAAAGUAUCAUAGCAAUAAUAUUGUCCGUUUAAUGCUGUUUGUGCGUGAAAAAUGCAAAAAACGUCACUUUUACUGGUGAUAUCAUCGUUGUAAUACAUUUUAAUGUUUUGAAACACUAAUAUUUGUGUUCAGCGAAGUCUCCUGAGUAGAACAGUACCCCCCAUAUACAGGUUUUAUGGUGUCUCGGAAAGUUAUAGGGUUAAAUAUAGUGCUAGCAAAUUAAAUUCCCUUUACUUUCGGCACGUGUUGUCAGGCAGGUCCCGCUAAUUGUAAUUAAGAUACCCAAUUAUGUAAAAAUAUAUAUGUAGAAUUAAUGUAUGUGUAUAUAUAUUUUUUUAACUAUUUUUAUUUAUAGAUAUAUAUAUAGUGAUAUAUCCGUAUAUAUUUAUGUAUAAAGAUAUAUAUAUAUUUAGUUCUACGUGUAUUUUGAUAUAAAUAUAUAAUAUCACAAUACAGUUAGAACGAAAUAACACAUCUAUAUAUUUAUUUUUAAUAAUUUUGUAAAAUUUAACGUAUUUACAUAUUUAUUUUUUAUAUUAUAUAUUAUAUAUAUUUAAUCAGUAUCAGUCUACAUGUAAUUUUAUAUUAAUAGUAAAAUACACCUAGACAGUGUAUGUGUAUAUAUAUAUAUAUAUAUAUAUAUAUAUAUAUAUAUAUAUAUAUAUAUAUAUAUAUAUAUGUAUUCUAAGUAUAUAUUAUUUUUUUUACACUAUUUAUUUAUUUUAAAUUUUAUUUUCAGCCAGCAGGGGGACCACCUGUCAUUACAGGCAGUCCCCCUGCUGGCAAUGCAGGAGGCAGCUACCCCCGGCCAUGUGAUUAUGGGGUCCUCGCAAGGACCCCACUCUCACAUGGCCGGGGGGCUUCGAGGAGGACGGUUGUGCCGCGGGGGGCUCCCCGGGUAAAUACCGAAAGACCGGGGGGCGUACUAUUACGCCCGGCGGCGUUUAGAGACGCUUAGAAUAGGGCGUAAUGGUACGCCCUCCGUUCUUAAGGGGUUAACCCCUUAAGGACAGAGCUUCAGAAGCUUGUCUUUCACUUAAUGACAACAGCAUUGUUUUUUUUCAUUUUUUGCGGUUUGCGUUCAACUGCAAUUUGCAUUUUACUAAUUUAUUGCACCGACACAUAUAUCGUUUUUUAAAGGACAGAAAGGGCUUUAAUUUGAUGUGAGACACAUAUACUUAUUUAUUAUAAAAAAAAAAUACAGAAAAAUGUAAAAAAAUAAAUUUAUUUAGUUGUUCUGAUUUAUAGAAUAUGUAAUGUGUCUGGGAUUUAAAUUGUUUUUUUUUUUUUUUGGUAGUUACAGGUCACAAAGCACAAGGAGUAAAAUAAACUUUUAAUGUGCAGCGAAUUUAGAAUUUGGUAUGUUUGUCUUGUAAACUUAAUAGCCAUAAAAGAAAACAAAAUUGCCACACAAAAGUAUAUAUUUAUAUAAAGUAGACAUCACAGGCUAUUUACCUAGGGUUGUUUUGACACCUUCUACGUAGCCAUUUCACCGCCAACCUCUGCUAAAUAUUGGAGUAAAAUUGUGUUUUUUGGGCGGGGUUUUGGCACACAAACUUAUAACAAAGAAAUUCUCAUGUAUUUUGUAAAGUUCGUGUGUGCUAUUCCUGUACAAAGUUUUUUGUGUUUUAGUUACGUCUGCUGAGUAAAUGACACCCCUAUUAUAUGUCUUUGGCACUAUUUCGUGAAGCUACAGUGCCAUAUAGGAGACCUGUCCUUUUCAGUACUCACAGUAGAAUUUUGAGAGACGGAUUUAAUGAGCCUUUGCUUCCAUUUGGGGUAUUAUACCAGUUUAACUGUUCAAAAAAACAAAAAAACACAAAGGCCUACCAUUUGUAAAAGUAGACACUCCAGGGUAUCUCAUAAGGUGCAUAUUGUGCCUUAACAUGCACCCAUUUUUAAACCAAUAUAUGCUAAAGUACGUGAUGAUAAAAUAAUUUUGUGCGUUUUUUACAUAUGGAUUGCAUUUUUGCUGGGCAUUUUGUAUAUUUCACAUGUGCCACUAAGUUCAAACCCCCCAAAUUAUGCUCGUCUAAGUCUUCUGAGUAAAAAGACACCCAAUGAAUGUCUUUGGCACUAUUUCGUGAAGCUACAGUGCUAUAUAGGAGACCAAGCCAUAUCAAUUUUUACCGAACUUUAAAUUUUGACGCUGGGCCUAUGUGCAAUUUCCAAGCAUCUUAGCAGGGUUUAAAUUCAAACUACCCCACAAAGGCCUACCAUUUCUUAAAGUAGACACCACAGGGUAUUUCAAAAGGGAUAUUUUGAAUCUUAGCGUGGGAUCAUUUUUCCGCUAGCUUGUACCAAGUUUAGUGGUAAUAAGUGUUUUUUUUUCUGCCGUUUUGACACACAAAGUGAGUUUGCACAGUAUAUUUUGCAAACCUUAUGUGUGCUACGACUGUAUAAUACUUCAUAUGUUGCUCAGCUGAGUACAGCAAUACCACUGUAUGUAUCUUUGCCAGGUAUAUGUGGACAUCGGAGGGGCACAUUUGGGAAACAGCCAUUCCAGGUUUUUUUUCAAACUUUACAUUUUUACACUGUGCCCAUGUCCCAUUAUAGAGUAUUUUUUUUACCAGGCUAUAUAAUCCAAAUACCCCAUAAAGCCAUGCCAUUUCUUAAAGAAGACAUCCCAGGGUAUAUCAAAAGGCAUAUUUUGAACCUUAGCGUGGGAUCAUUUUUCCGCUAGCUUGUACCAAGUGUAGUGGUAAUAAGUGUUUGUUCUGCCUUUUUGACACACAAAGUGAGUUUGCAGAGUAUAUUUAGCAAACCUUAUGUGUGCUACGACUGUAUAAUACUUCAUAUGUUGAUCAGCUAUGUCGUCUGAGUACAGCAAUACCCCCCCGUAUGUACCUUUUCCAGGUAUAUGUGGAUGUUGAAGGGGCGCAUUUGAGACGCAGCCAUUCAGUUUUUUUCUAACUUUGAAGUUUUACGCUGUGUCCAUGUUCCAAUUUGGAGUAGUUUAGACAGUUGGUUAUUGAAACUUCCACACAAACACAUACUAUUUAUUAAAGAAUACACCCUGGGGUAAUUCAAAAGGCAUAUUUUGAACCUUAGCGUGGGAUCAUUUUUCCUCUAGUUUGUUCCAGGUGUAGUGGUAAUGAGCGUUUUUAAAUGUUUUUUUUUUUUUACUUUUUUUUUUACUUUUAAAAACUAUUUUUUUAAACUUUUGUUUUGCUUAUUCAUUUUUUUUAAACUUUCCUAAAGCUUCUUAAAACUUUUUUUUUUUAUUAUAAUACAGAUUUAACAUUUUUCUAAGCUUUUCUUUUACCGUUAACCCCUAACUAGCGGUAAGCAGCACUAACAGUAAAUUCCCAAUUUUCCCAUAACUCCCACCUACCCCAGCUAGCAAAAUAUAUAAUUAUAAAAUAUUUAAAUUAAUUAAAUAAAUUGAACCCCUGAGGGUUAAAAAUAAAAAUAAAAAAUUAGAUCACAGUAUAAUACUGUGAUCUGUAUUUUGAUCACUGUAGGCAGUGAUCGACUGGCAGGGAAGGGGUUAAUUUCUAUUUGGAGUGGGUAAAGGUGUUUUGUUUUUUACUUAAACGUUAUUACAACUUUUUUUUAGCUUAAUUUUUUUCUUUUUAAAGUUUAUUUUAAAACUUUUUUUUACCGUUAACCCCUAGUUAGCCUAUCACCAAAUCCCCCAAUUCCCCACCAACUUCCACCCACCCCAGCUAGCUAAACAUAUAAUUUAAAAAUAUUUAAAUUAAUUAAAGAAAUUUAACCCCUGAGGGUUAAAAAAAAAACAACAGAAUUAACCCCCUUAGGGGUUAAAAAAUAAAUAAAAAAUCAGAUGACAGUAAAAUGUAAUCCCUGCCAAUUGAUCACUGUAGUCAGUGAUCAGCUGGCAGGGAAGGGGUUAAUUUUUAAUUAAAAUGGGUAAAUGGGGGUGGGAUUUUUAAAUAAACUUUUUAUUUAUUUAUUUUUUAACAGGGAGCAAGAUCAUCACUGAUCCGUCUCCCUGCACUUCACACAGAACCAGGAAGUGCAGGUAGGCAGAAGGUAAGUAUACUAAGCACAUGUGCUCGCUCUGACAUGCUGUCAGAGCGAGCCCAUGUGCUGGGCAGCACUAUCGGGUGCUCCCGGUCUGCCUCUAAUACAGAGGCAGACCGGAGCACCAUUAACCCCGCGAUAGCGGCGAUCCGGGGUUAAUUUUAACGGGUGACGGGUCGUUAUGGCAAUCCCCUGAGUGACGGGCCUUGUCCGUCACUCGUCGUUAAAGGGAGACUAUAGUCACACAGACCUCUUCAUCUCAAUCAAGUGGUCUGUGUGCAGUGCCCAUUUGCUUUUGACCGUGCAAUGUAAAAUAUUGCAUUUUUUUAAAUUUUAUUUAAUCACUUAAGGACUGGGCCAGUUGUACAAGUCGUGAAGAAAACAUAAACAAAACCUGGCAUCGGCGCUAUAUGUCUGUCCAACCGUAAUACACCAUUUUCAUAUUAAACUUAUUAUAUAUAAUUUUGUUCAGGAGAAACAGUAUUUUCAUGCCACAUCAAAUAUUUAUAUAUUAAACAUAGUUUAAUAUGAAUAAAAUAUAAAAUGUACACAAUGUGAAAAAUUAAGAUUUAUUUUUUAUUUCUUUAGUACUGUAUGGCAUUUUAACCCCUUAAGGACACAUGACAUGUGUGACAUGUCAUGAUUCCCUUUUAUUCGCUGGUGACCUCUCCUCCUCCUCCUGCGGACGUCAGCGCAGAAUGCACAUGUGCAGCAAGAGCUGUGCGCACAUUCAAAACGCCUAUAGGAAAGCAUUACUCAAUGCUUUCCUAUGGACCUCCAGCGUCUUCUCACUGUGAUUUUUCACAGUGAGAAUCGCGGUAGCCGCCUCUAGUGGCUGUCAGGGAGACAGCCACUAGAGGCUGGAUUAACCCUCAGUGUAAACAUAGCAGUUUCUCUAAAACUGCUAUGUUUUCAGCUGCAGGGUUAAAACUAGAGGGACCUGGCACCCAGACCACUUAAUUGAGCCGAAGUGGUCUGGGUGCCUAUAGUGGUCCUUUAACUGUGAAUGUCAUAAUACUGUUAGCUGCAAUAAAAAGCACAUAUUUGUAUUCAGUGAAAUCUCACAAGUAAAAUAGUACUCCCCAAGUACAGGUUUUAUAGUGUUUUGGAAAGUUACAGGGUCAAAUGUAGCACAUUAAAUUUUUUUAGUUUAUACACAUUGAAAUUUGCCAGACUGGUUAUGUUGCCUUUGAGACCGUGUGGUAGCCCAGGAAUGAAAAUUACCCCCGUUAUAGUAUACCAUUUGCAAAAGUAUAGACAACCCAAGGUAUUAUAAAUUAGGUAUGUCCAGUCUUUUUUAGUAGCCACUUAGUCACAAACACUGGCCAAAGUUAGCAUUCUAAUUUGUGUGUGUGUGAAAAAUGCAAAACCGAUUUGAACGAUAAUUUGGGGCAGUGUUUGUGACUUGGUGGCUACUAAUAAAGACUGGAUAUAUUUGCAGUAAUUUGGGUUUUCUACUUUUGCAAAUGUUAUGCCAUUGUGGUGGUAAUUCUCAUUCCUGGGCUACCAUACGGUCUCAAAGGCAACAUAACCAAUCUGGCGCAUUUUAAUGUGGAAAAAAUGGAAAUGCAAGUCUUACAUUACACUCUAUAACUUUUGAAAACGCCAAAAGACCUGUACAUGGUGGGUACUGUUAUACUUGAGAGAGUAUAAUAUUAGUGUUUUCAAAUAUUACAACUUAUCACAACAAUUAUAUCGUCAGUGAAAGUGCCGUUUGUGUGUGAAAAAUGCAAAAAAACUGCACUUUCACAGACAAUGUCAUUGUUGUGAUAUGUUUUACUGUUUUGAAACUCUAAUAUUUGUGUUCAGCAAAGUCUUCCGAGUAAAACCGUAUCCCACUAUGUACAGGUUUUAUGGUGUCUUGGAAAGUUACAGGGUAAAAUAUAGGGCUUGCAAACCAUAUUCUUUGGACUUUCUUCCUGCAUUGUCAGACAAGUCCCUCAAAUUGUAAUUAAUGAAAUGACUUAAUCAUGUAAAAAAAAAAAAAUAUAUAUAUAUAUAUAUAUAUAUAUAUGUAUAUGUAUAUGUAUAUGUAUAUGUAUAUGUGUAUAUGUAUGUAUGUGUGCCUGGUCGGCAGCUGUUCCCUCUCCCUCCAGCCGGCGCACUCUGUGUGGGAGGAAGUGCUGUCACUUCCUCCCAGCAUCCCAUAUACUGUGUUUAGCGAUACCGAUCAGGUGGCCCUAAAUGCUUGGGCCACCCGACAAGCAAAUCAUUGGGGAAACGCUGCUCUAGGAGAUUGUUUUCUUGCUUUAAAGUUUAAAAUGAAAGGAAGACACAUGCUCUGGGACUGUUUUAUUUUCAUUUGGUAGCUGCAGUAACCUGCAUUUGUCAACAGAGGCAUUUUCUUUACAAAGUAGGCAAUAUUGUUAUCCAUCUGGCUUUCCUUACUUUUUUGGUAAAAUAGUUCCCUUGUCCUGUCUCUCUCAGAAAGAAAAACCCCCAAAAAUCUAAUGCCCUCAAAUAUUUUACAAUGGAAGACACACACACACACACACACACCAUUGCUUUAUCACUCUUGUGAAAGUACAAGGUUGUUGAAAUAAUGUAUGGUUAUAUCGCCUAGUACUUCAUAAACAAAAUCAAUGAGUGUGUAUAUAUAUAUAUAUAUAUAUAUAUAUAUAUAUAUAUAUAUAUAUAUAUAUAUAUAUAUAUAUAUAUAUAUAUAUAUAUAUAUAUAUACACACACACAAGAAUAGUAUGUGUACAUUGUAUCUGGCUUGCUGGACAUAAAGCAAUGUGUGUUGCUAAGAGAAACCAUAAAAAGUAGACUGAUAUCUAAAUAAAAAUGUUGUCUUCAUUUACCUCUCACAGGAUUCUAGAAUUUAGAAAUAUCAUGUUCUUUAAAUUGUUCUUGGUGAAAAUAAGAGUUUGUAAUUGUGGUUUUAAGUAUAAACUGGAACACUUACACCAGAAGUAAACUUUUUUUUUUUUUAUAUUUUUAUUUUAUAGUGUUUUAUAAAUAACUGCUGCAUAUCUGUUCAGUGGCCAACUUUCUUUCAUUGCCCUAGUUAGUAUGUACAUGGUACAGUGACAAGUUAAAUCUGAAUCUUAUCCAGUUACAAAUGUACAGAUAUUUCUUACCAGUUUUUAAAGUGCUCUGCCAUCAGUUGUUUGUAUAUGCAAACGCACUUUUAAUGCGCACACACACUAUUUUGUUGUGCAAUAGAUACACCUGUUUGAUAACAAAUGCUAUUGCUCAGGUACCCAAUAGAAUGUAAAAUUGUUAAGGGAUUUUUGACUGUGCUAGUGUUUGUGGUGCCAUAUGCUGAAUUACUGAAUUAAAUGACCACUAUAGGCACCCAGACCACUUCAGCUUAAUGAAGUGGUCUGGGUGCCUGGUCCAGCUAUGGUUAACCCCUUUUUUUUUAUUUAUUUAUUUUUAUUAUAAACAUAGCAGUUUCAGAGAAACUGCUAUGUAUAUAAUAUGGUUAAUCCAGCCUCUAGUGGCUGUCACAUUGACAGCCGCUAGAGGUGCUUGGAGGAGGAGAGCUCCCCGCCCGGUGCUGGAGAAAAGUAAGAUUUUAACCCCUUCCUCUCCCCAGAGCCCGGCGGGAGGGGGACCCUGAGGGUGGGGGCACCCUCAGGGCACUAUAGUGCCAGGAAAACGAGUAUGUUUUCGUGGCACUAUAGUGAUCCUUUAAGCAUUUUAAGAAUGUCUAUCAACCUGUAUAAAAGUCUGCAACUGUAGUAGUGUUUUUCUAGCGAGUGCAUAUUCCGCAUGCUAGAGGAAUGGAGGGACAGGCAUUAUUGAUUAGAAUUGCCAUAUUUGGGAAAUGUUUUCCAAGCAGGACCACUUGUUCCUUAGAGGGUUAUGGGGAGUGAGAGAAGAAUGUGGAUUUUCUAUUGGUGUAAUACACAGAUCUAGUCAUAGUGGCGAUGGUAUGUUGGACCUCCUACAGCAAGAAAAUGUCACUUUUAUUUAUGAUAUAUUUGUUGUUUUAGGAGUUGGAAGGUGAACCUUUGAGAGGUUCUCAUAAAAAAAAUAAAUAUAUAUUUUCCUUUGCUAAUGCCUUCCAUACCAAAGCCAUAGAAAUGUUAUAUAGACUAAAUUGGUGACUAAAAUAUACUUACUACAUUGGUUUAGAUUCUAAAAUCAGCAUUUCAUUAACUCUUUGCAGGUAUGGGCUCCUCUAAGAAGCAUAAGGAGAAGGAUCGUGAUCGCGAUGUUGCUGCAGCAGCAAGCGGAGGAGAUGAGCGACACAGAGAACACAAAAAACAUAAGCACAAAGAACGAGAGCGUGAGCGGCGCAAGAGGUCUCGAGAGAGGGGGAGAGAAAAACCACGUGAUAAAGAAGGACGGCCCAGGUCCAGCAAGGAUGGAGAGUCUCGGAGGAUAAAAAAAGAGAAGUUGGACCCUGUGUUUGAUAAUGGUGAGUAACACUAACUAGCUUCCAUAUCAAGCACUCCUUUUCAACACUGGUAAUCUAAAACAAGUUCACAGUACAACUAUUGCAAAACUUAUAAAUAUAUGAAACACAAAAAACUAUUUGCAUGGCAUAGAGCAAUACAGAGUUUCUUGACAGAUUUGUGUGAAUUUCAAAUUCUACGCUGCAAAUUGAACGGAUUAUCUAAGUCAGUUGUGUUUUAGUUUGGAUAUUUUGGAAAUUUGAAGUUUACAACUGAGUGAAUAAUUCUGAUGGUUUCAAAACAAAAUACUAAUUCAGGUAAAUAUCAGUAAGACAUUUUAGCGCUUACAAGCAGUAAGCAACAGUUUUCCUAGUAUCUCAUCCAUGUUACCAGCUAGCAGCCAUAUUUAGCAACCUUUCUUCUCCUCUGUUGCAUUCAAUAGUAGGCAUAUGCAUGUAUAUUGUGUUUUCUGUGUAUUUUUUUUUUUCUUUCUGUUUGUGAUUUAUCAAAUGGAUUUUUACCGUGAGCAAGAAUUGAGUCUUUUCCACAAUUUUAAAACCAUUGUAGAUCUAAUUGACUUGGUCUGUAAUAAUAAUUCACAUGUGAAUAUCAAAACGAAAAUAAAAAGAUAAUUUACUGUUUUUUUUUCUUUUGAUUUUAUGAAAUCUCCUUUAGCUGCUGGUGUCAAAUCUGCUUCUGGAGAUUCUUCACUGAGUAUUGAAGAGACCAAGUGAGUAUGGAUUGGGGAAUAUACAUGUAACCAUACUACCCAUUCAAGCAAAUGGGAUAUAUGCUACCUACCUUCACGCAACCUCCCAUUUAAAAUCAGCUAAGUGUGCUGAAGCCUGUGAUUUUAAAGAGGAACUGUCCUAUUUAGCAAAUAAGUGUUUGAGGUCUAAAAAUUUUAAGAGUUACUGCCGCAUCUCUGGAAUAAAACAAUGAAAUUCACUAAUAGUGUUAUCCUUUUUAAGACCUCCUUUUUUUUUUGUUGUUGAAAUUUUAUAUUAAAAAAUUAUCAAAUUACACUAUACACCGAUCAUCCACAACAUUAAAAUCACUGACUGGUAAAGUGAAAAUAUUGAUCAUAUUGUUACAGCGGCACCUUUCAACGAGUGGGCUAUAUUAGGCAGAAAGUGAGCAGUCACUUUUGUGUUGGAAACUAAAAAUGGGCAAGCGAAAAGAUCUGAGUAACUUUGACAAGGGUCAAAUAGUAAUGGCUAGGCGACUGGGUUAGGGCAUCUCCAAAGCAGCAAGUCUUGUGGGGUGUUCCUGGUAUGCAGUGGUUAGUACCUACCAUAAGUGGUGCAAGGAAGGAUAAGUGAACCGGCGUCAGGACCAUGGACGCCCUAUACUUAAUAGUUCACGUGGGGAGCGAAGGCUCGUCCAUCUGGUUUGAUUACACAGAAGAGUUACUGUAGCUCAGAUUGCUGAAAAACAUAAUGCUGGCCAUGAUAGAAAUGUGUCAGCACAUAGAGGUGCAUCACAGUUUGUUGAUUAUGGGUUUGCUUAGCUGCAGACUGGUCUGAGUGCCCAUGAUGACCCCUAUCCACCUCCAAAAUUGCCUUCAAUAAGGACGAAAACUUCAAACUGGACUAUGGAGCAAUGGAAGAAGGUUGCCUGGUCUGAUAAAUCAUGUUUUCUUUUAGAUCAGGUUGAUGGCUGGAUGCAUGUGCCUUGUUUUCCAAAGGCAGCAGGAUGCACAAUGGGAAGAAAGCAAGCCAGUGGAGGCAAUGUUAUGUUCUGCCGGGAAAGCAUGGUUCCUGGUAUUCAUGUGGAUGUUACUUUGACACAUGUCAACUACAUAGAGCUUGUUGCACACCAUAUUUGCCCUUUCAUGGCCUCUUGCAGCAGGAUAAAGCAGCCUACUAUACUGCAAAAAAUUUUCAGAAAUGGUUUGAGGUUCAGGAUGGUAUUCCUAUCAAUCAAUGUAAACACUGUAUUUUCUCUGAAAAUACAGUGUUUACAUUAGAUUGGCUGCAGGGAGCUAUAGAUAUCACCUGAACAACUACAUUAAGCUGUAGCUGUUCAUGUGAAUAUAUAGUGUCCCUUUAACAUUUUCAGACCUCACGAAUACACAUGUUACAUAUAGGGAUAAGUAAACCUGAUAUUACAAAAAAAACAACCCAAAAAAACCUUGAACUGCAAGUUCCUUUUAAAAAGUAGAAAUCCACACAUCUAUCCUGGAACCAGGCACCUCCAUCUAGGCUCAAUUUCCAUCGUUGUUCUAAAUGUGCCAUUGAACACCGUAGAAGAGGAAAAGCCAAAACAAUGCUUGUUAUCCUCCUCCUUUUCAUUAUGUGCCCUAGCUGUACUUGGACUCGACUGUUUUUAGAUGUCCCUUGUUAAAUCUAUUAUAUAUUUUCAGUGUUUUUAUUUUAGUUUUUUUUUUUUUUUUUUAUAUCCUUUAUUUAUAUCCUUCAUCUGGUGAGUGCAGUGCUAAUAGCACCAGGUCAUAGUAUACCAUACAUUUCUUCACCUGUAUUUUCAGUGUUUUAGUCUUUGGUGUAUUUUCCAGAGUAGGGAUCGUUCUGCUUUAAAGGGAAUAAUCACUCGUGUUGCAAACCCGCAAAUGGAUUCUAUAGUGUAAGGAAUACAAAGUUGUAUUCCUUACACUAAAGUUCCCUCUGGCCCCUCCACCCUAGUGGCUGGCUGGCUGACCGACUCUAGAGGCAGUCUUAGUCCUGAAAUGUAAUUGCGGUUUCUCAAGGACAAGGACAUUGCACCCAGACCACCUCAAAGUGGUAUGGGUGCCUAUAGUGUCCCUUUUAAGUGCUUGCAUGAUUUCAGAGACUGGAUGUAUAACAUGUUUUCUUUUAUAUGAGCACUGAAUCCUAGCACUGCAUUUCCUGACAAAGCUGUUGGGUUGUAUGUCUGCAGUAGGGCUGGCUCAAGACAUUUUGCUGCCUGCUUCCGAGAGCAAAGUGCUGCCCCAACACUGCUUGCGCGAAAUACAUCAUCAUAAACUAUAACAUUUAAACAGAACUUAUUCACUAAUCGCGUAUAAAUAUAGGUAAUUAUCCACGCACGAUAUAAUUACCAACAAAUGCACCUACCUAACAAUACAUGUGCACAUGCAUACACAGAUCUCUUAUUUCUUUUGUUUUUGUUUUUUUCAGCAAACUUCGUGCAAAACUUGGCUUAAAACCCCUGGAAAUGAACACUGUCAAAAAUGGUGAGUUUACAAUUGUCCUUAAUUGAUCAUAUUUAUUUUUCUUUUCAAAAGUAAUUUGGCAUUAUAACCUCUUAUUGUAUUCUAUUACUGGCUUUGCAGUUUGUUCUCUCUCUCUGUAUAGGACUUUAAAGCUGAAUUGCUGAAUUUGUAGCUCUGCCUCUCAGCUCUGUCAAAGAGCUGGAAAUAAACUUCCUGCCUCUCAUACCACUGAGAUGGUACAUCAGCACACAAUGUAUGCUGACAUAGGUGGACUUGCGAGGGCUUGCAUCUGAGGAGCAACGCCUGCAAGUGUAAUCAAUUUCGCUGUUAUGAAUAGUAUAGCGCGUGGCCCUUGCUCAACACUAGCACUAAUUAUCAUUGAGCUAAUUCAGUGCUUCUUUAUGGGAGCUUUUUCGCUGGUUGCAUGCACAAUAGCUGGUCAUGUACAAUGAUCAGGCUGUAGGAAGUAUAACAUUAAAGUGAUACUCUAAGCUCGAAAACAGUUUUAGCCUGUUGAAUCAUGCUCCUGCAGUCACUGCUCUAUUGUGUAUAGAUCAUGCUCCUGCAGUCACUGCUCUAUUUUCUGCCAUUUUAGUGUUAAUCCUUACAUGCCGGCACUCGUGUAUUCAUGAUUGCAAUGGUAUGCAGUUAUACCCUGCUAUUUUAUCUAUUGCAAAUGAACUUAAUUUAUAGAAGAGCUAGCGGUAACAUUGCUGGAUUCCUCUGCAGCUGCAUUGGCCGGUGGGGAGAUCCCCAUGCACCUUUCCACAUUUGGUCUUCUCAGAAUAAAGUACAGCUGAUGCAAUACCACCCUCAUUGGCCGAGGGUGCUUGGCUGAUUCUCUUAGCCAUUGAGCGUGGUCCUGCAAAGCACUGCUUUGCUCUAUGGAGCAAUCCACUACUACCACAAGAGGACAUAGUCCUUAAUUAGAGGGGCAAAAGUUAAAAAAUAUCAGGAAGUAUUUAUUUAUUUACUGAGAGGGUAGUGGAUGCAUGGAAUCGCGUUCCAGCUGAAGUGGUAGAUGUUAACACAGUGAAGGUGUUUAAGCAUGUGUGGGAUAGGUAUAAGGCUAUCCUAGCUAUAAGAUAAAGCCAGGGACUAAUGAAAGUAUUUAGAAUAUUGGGCAGACUAGAUGGGACGAAUGGUUCUUAUCUGCCGUCACAUUCUAUAUUUCUAUCCAGACUUCUGCAGGAGAAGGCUAGAAUGCAGAGGAUAUGGUCCGCAGAUAAUUUGCCAAGCAAUACUAAUACAGUUUGUCUGCUUACUGUAGGUUGGCGCGGGGGCUCUUGUGGGACCAUAACUACUACAGUGGGCCUUUAAAACAAAGCCCAAUGUAUUGGUUCUGGUGUCUAUAGCCUGUCCCCGCAGGCUUUCACUGUAAUUGCUGCAUAUGUAAAAGGCAAUAUUUGCAUUGGUGUUUAGUAACACCUCUAAUGAGAGUCACUCAGAUGGCCACUAUAGGUCUUCCUAGUCCAGUGCUGUAAAUUGUUCAGCACUGGUCUUUAGGGAAUCUGCAUGCUCACAAUGAAGAUGCUUUGAUUCAAUGCAUCUGAGGAGAUGCUGAUUUUCACAGUGCAGCGAAUUGCCGUGUCAGGAAUACGUGUUUGUAUUCCUGACCCUUUAGCGUUACUUUUAAUAGUUCUGGUACUUGGAGUCUUUAUUUAAAUAACAUAGAGGUAAUAGCAGUGCCAGUUAGAUGUUUUGUGUAUUCAUUUUUUUUUUUCCUGAACUUGCAGAAACUGGCAGUAAAGAAGACCCUGUAGCUGCUGCAGUUAUUAAUCCAUUAAUUCUCCGACAGCAGCAGGAGCUAAGAGAGAAGUUAGCAGCCGCAAAAGAGAAGAGGUUGCUGAACCAGAAGUUGGGGUAAAGAAGUGUUCUUGUAUAGUUUUCAAAUAUUUUGCAAUUAUUUUGUUGGCAUUGAAGAAAAUCUCUGUUCUAUUUUAUGCAUUUUACUUCAUAUAUUUUACCUUUUUUUUUGUUUGUACCUUUCCCCUCCCAUUUACAGCAAAAUUAAAUCACUAGGAGACGAUGAGCUGUGGUUGGAUGAUACCGCUGCUUGGAUUGAGCGAAGCAGAAAACUUCAGCUAGAAAAGGAUAAGGCUGAAAAGAGGGUGCGUGCCUUGAUCUGUCCGCAUGUUGAGAAUUUUUUUUAAUGAAUUUUUAAGUAACAUUUUUAACCUGACUGACUGGUAACAAUAUAGACUUGAUACAUUUGUGACAAUAAUUAGUUUUUCAUUAUUAAUGUGUGAAUCUUGAGACGUUUCAAGAAUUGAAUAUCUGCUAAGUAGUGGAAAGAUCUUUAAAACCCCUUACCACAUGUAUUUAUCAGUAUAGAAUUUGACAUUAUGUGAUUUAAAGUAAUUCCUAUCAUAUAUCUACUUCCCCCACAGGCAAAACUUCUUGCAGAAAUGGAUGAAGAGUUUGGGGUGUCCAAUCUUGUAGAGGAAGAAUUUGGUCAAAAGAAGGUUUGUGGGUCAUAAUGUUUGUUAAAUAUGGAUAAUGAAUCCCCUUCUGUAAUAUAUCUUCCGUUAUAAUUCACAAUCUUUUCAGAAGUGACUUGCUCCCAGUUAUACAUUCUUUUCUCCCCUUAACAGCAUUACACCUCCCAGGAUUUGCAAGGCCUGACUGUAGAGCAUAAAAUCGAGUCAUUCACUGAAGGAAAGACUGUAAUUCUCACACUUAAAGAUAAAGGUAGGAUCUGUAGUCCCUGAUGUUCAUCAUAAUGGAGGAAUCUAAUAAUUGAUCUUAUGGUUGCUAAAGAUUUUGGUAAACUGUUUGUAUGAGCCAUUAAAUAUUUAUAAAGUUUAGCUAUAUAAUAUGCAAUGAUUAUACAUGUGCCCUUUUAUAAUAAUUGUUUGUUCCAUAGCUAUCUUAGAUGAAGAUGAAUCUGAUGUGUUGGUGAAUGUGAAUAUGGUGGACAAAGAGAAAGCAGAUAAAAAUGUGGAGCUGAAGAAGAAAAAGCCUGAUUACAAACCAUAUGAAGAGGAGGAGAGUGUAGAAGACAUGGCCAUUGUAAGUCUCUCAUAUUUGAAGUCUGACUGAGGUUCCCUUCGACUCAUGUCACCUUGAGAAAUCAGACCAAUACCAUGCUCUUAUGCUUUUGUAUGUCUUUUAAAUUUUAGUUACGACACAAAUCCGUGCUGUCUAAGUAUGAUGAGGAGAUUGAGGGUGAGAAAAAGAAAUCUUUUCGCUUGGAGUCUGGAGGAUUGGCAGAUGGGUCUUGGGAAAAGGAACUGCAAAAUAUUCGUGAAUCCUUACAUAAACAGGCACAAACACUUGAGUUGCCAGGAUUAAAGAUCGCAUCUGAAUAUUUCUCACCAGAGGAAAUGGUAAGACCAUCGGACGAAGUGUAAACUUGAACUACCAGCAGAGAGAGAGAGUGUGUGUGUUUUAAAAUACAAGUGCAGAAAUUGUAGAGAACUUGAUUUGUGUGAGGCUGUUGGUCUUUUUUUAGAAGUAUAAUUUAACUGGAGUUUUUUCACAUUAUAGACUUUGCCUUUUUGAUUUGUAACUACCAUUUCAGUGAGUGUGUUUCACCUUUUCCUAUUUUUGUUGUUCCAAGGUUUCAUUUAAAAAAACAAAGCGCAAAGUGAAAAAGAUAAGAAAAAAAGAGAAGUCUGUUCGAGUUGAGGACAUCCUUGUGAUGGGGAGUAGUACACGAGAAAAUGAUUAUGGAUCCAGGUAAGCAACUCUCAGUGCUAAAUGUUGGCAACAUUAAAAGUGGUAUUAGAUAAUUUAUCAUCUUAAACAGAUUGAUGGGGCUGCACUUUUGAAGGUUAGAUUUCUAUUAAUAUUCUGCCAUUUUUAAAAUAAAAUAAAAAACACUGAUCCGUGUCCCAUAAAUGCUUUUCUUAGAAAAGCUUUGACAUUGCAUAGUAUACAAGCUGCAAUUGCCUCAAAAUACAAAUCCAGUACUCCUCUUCAAGAAACAUUGAAUACAGAUCUUCUCAUGGAGAAGCACUGGAGACACAGCAGGCAUUUGCAAUCAGAAGCCGGACAUUAAUUUACUUUGUUAUUGAAUCUAUUUCUGUCGGAGCAACCUAGUGAUUGUGUAACAGCCACUAAUGAUGUGGUCAUUGUACACUGUAAAAGGUUCCAUUUCUCAGAAACAGCACUGUUUAUAUGUGCAAAGCAGCAGCAGCAGCAGCAUCUAUGCUCCAAUUUUAUUUAAUUGGUUGGAUAGCAAUUUAGAAUGAAGAAAGAUUCAGGUCCAUCAAGUUCAGCCUUUUUAAAAUAUCCCUAUAAUUGCUGUUGAACCAAAAGAAGGGAAAAAGAUCCCAGUUUGAAGCAAUUUCCAAUUUUGUCAUAAAAUUAAGAUUGAAGGGAAAUUUGGACUUAGUGUCCAUUUAAGUAAGAUGUGUUUUUUUUAGUUUUUUGUUUUUUUAAAUGAUUUUCAUAUUUAUUUUGCUAGGGUUCGUGGACGUGGCCGAAGGCGCGUGGAGCAGUCAGAUGAGGAACACGAGGUGGAGCUACCUGAAUUAGUGCCACGGUCUGAUGAUAUUAGAGUGGAAAGUAUGGAUAUAAGCGACCAAGGUAAGACAGCCAACAUCCGAAGCAUUACAGCGAGGUGUCAUUACUUUUUUUAUUUUGGUCUUCGACGUUUUAAAGGACCACAUCUUAAUGAAGUGUCCCAAGUGCUGUUGUCCUUUAGGUUUAACUCUGCAAUGUAAAACAUUGCAGUUUUUUUUAGAGACUGCAAUAUUUACAUUGGAUUAUAUCCUCCUCUAGUGGCUGCCAUACUGACAGCCUCUGAAUGCGCUUCUCUAUCACUUAACUGGAGCCCCUAUAGGAGCAUUGGUUGGACUGACUCCAGAGGAGAUAUCUAUCCGUAUAGAUAGGGACAGAAAAACUGAAGUGUUAGAAAUACACAUUAUUAUUCCUAGUGCUUUAGUGUACCUUUUAAGUUACGAUACGUAAUAGAGCUUUUAUUAGUAUUGAUUUUCUAAUGUCUGAUGAUUAGUGUGUGCAUAUAUCUUUUACUUACCUUCCACUGACUUUUUUUUUUUUUUUUUUUUUUUUUUUUUUUUUUAACUCACAGAAGAUGGAGGGUCUCCUGUUGUUUUAGAAGAAGAUGAACUGGAGAUAGAGUUGCAGAAACAGCUAGACAAAAGCAGGAGAUUGAAACAGAUCCAGCAGCAGAAGGACAGCAGUGAGAAGGUGAACAUUUGUUCAACUCCAAUGGCCACUCCUCAUAUGGCUACUAGAGGUGCUUCUUGUGGCAGUGACAUACAGUGUGCAGCACUGGCAUCCAGUGUCUCCACACUCUGCAUGGAGACACUGAACUUUCCUUGUAGAGAUGUACUGAUUUUUCUAUGAGAAGAUGCUGAUUUGGCCUGAGCAGCAUUUGGCUUCACCCCUAACCCACCUCUUUGGCUGAGAUCAUCAGAAUUGACAAUAUCAGCCAAUCCAAUGCUUUCAUAUUGGAAAGAAUUGUGAUUGGCUGAGAUCCCUUCUGAUGAUGUCAGUCAAGGAGGGAGAUCAGGGAUGGAGCCAGCAUCAGCAGACUGGAAUAUAAGUUAGAUUUUACUGUAUUCAGCGGGCUAGAUACGUUUUGUGUUCCUGAUCCUAUAAUGUUCAUUUAAGCUUUGCGCUUUGUAAAAUAUUAUGCCCUCUUUAGUAAAAAGUCGUCCUUUUUAAAUAUUUGUAUACCUAAAAACGUAAGGUAAAUUAAAUAAGUAAAAACAAGGAGAUGUAGAUAGACAAAAAAUAAUUAGUAUAAAACAAAACCUGCAACAUGACAAAUUCUUGUAGGUUCCAAUUUAACCUCCCUUUGAUUGGCUUUUUUUUUCUCAAGUCACAACGUCUGAUAUUUUGUUUGCAUUUUCCUCUUAGAUUGUGACUUUGGUGAAGAAGUUGGACACUCCAACAGGUCAAGAAAUAGAUGAGGAUGAUGAUGACAAGAAAGGAUCUAUUGUGUUUAAUGCAACAUCUGAGUUCUGCAGAACACUUGGUGAAAUUCCGACAUAUGGCCUUGCAGGAAACAGGGAGGAUCAAGAGGAUUUGAUGGUGUGUACAGGUUGAUCAAGUAUAGGCACUUGGCUCACUUGUGAUUGUUACCAUGUAAGCGGUGAGUUCUACACGAUCUUAUCUUCUGUCAGUCAUCACAUUGUCUUUUUGCUCCUCAGGACUUUGAGAAGGAUGAGGAGGAGUCUGGAAAUGAGGGUGGAGAUUCUGAUGGGGAUGAAAACCUUGGCUGGAGCAUGGUGAACCUUGAUGAGGAAAAGAACCAACAAGAUGUAAGUCGUAUUUAAUUGUUUUAAUGAUCAAUUAGAACGUUGAUUUUUGGACAACUUUUGUGUACAGUGUAAAGUCAUGUAAAAGGCGUGACUGUGAAUCUAUUGGAUCAUGUCACAUCUGCCAGUCACAGACUUUCAACACAAAUCACUCUAUUGUUAGUCACUCUACAGCCACACUCCACCACCAUAACAAAACUAUCUCAAUUAUAUUCUUGCCUUUACUGCCUUCCCAUGCAGCAGCUUCACUAAUUGGGAAGGAUUGGCUGGACAGUUGUGGUAGACUGAGAGCGUAACCUUCCACGGUAUUAUUAUUUUUUUAUUCUGCUGAAACGUCAAUUCUAAUUUCCCCUCUCACUUUCAGUAUUCAGCCUCUUCCACUACCAUCUUGGAUGAAGAGCCAAUUGUGAACCGAGGUCUUGCUGCUGCUUUACAUUUGUGUCAAAAUAAAGGUAAACAUAAUUCCAAUGUUAAUUCUGCUUAAUUUAAUACCUGUGUAAUGCAUGGAGUAAAUGUCAAUUUUGUGAGAAUUGCAGCAGUUUCAGACCGUUGCAAGCUCAGUGAGCACCAGGGCACAAAUUACCCAUACCAUGAAUGCAUUGUGAUGUGUUUUUUUCUUUUUUUUUUUUAAUUCUUUAUUUUAGUGUGCAAUAAAAGAAUAACAUACAAGCUCACAUAGCCACGACAGCAUCCGCGGGCUUAUUAUGGUCAAACAUUUGCAUAUAUUGCCAUGACAUUUGAAACAAUUGCACUUUUUUUUUUAGUGUAAAGAAACAGGCUGAAUUAUAGAUUGUAUUGUAAGACUUAGAAAAAUACAGACUAGAGACCCUACGUUAGUAAAAGGUAGAGUAUACAAGCUUAAAACAGGGAUUUAUAUGACGAGUAUUUUACAAGGAGAGUGAAACAGAUGUCUUUUCUACGAGUUUAACCUCUAGGGGGCCCCCCAUUUAGCUAGGAACAUGUUCCCAGCGGGAGAUAGGAAAAUAUGGACAUGCUGACAGUGGAGUCAAAUGCGUGGCAUUGCCAGAAGGGAGACCUGAUCUCAGCUGUGAUUUUUAAAUCUAUGCGUUGUGUGGUUGCAUAACUAAUAACCUGCACGGCUAGGCAGUGCAAUAUGAGUUUAGUUGUUCCCAGUUCAAUGAAAAAGACAUGUUUAGAUAUAGAACUAUAAAUAAACUUCAAAAUAUUUAUACCACUGGGCCCAAGGAUACAACAAUAGAACGAACAAGCUGGCCCCGCCACAGUAGCUGUUGCAGGCCGACACUCUGACGGGAUUUAACAGUCGCAUGGCAUAGAAAAUCAGUGCUUAUUUUAUGUUAAUUUUCAGAGUAUGGGACAGGUUGAGAGAUGGACAGGCUUUCAUAAUGUAACUUACUGAUAGCUUAAUUGUAUGCUUGCCUGCUUAAGGACAUGUUAGAUUAACCUAUGCGAGAGUAAUCAGGUAUUAAGUGGCAUAGAGGUAUGCAUUAAACCUUCCACAAGAGUGAUAGCAAUCGGUGCACAGUGGGAUGUACAGUUGAAGAUCGUGUGUUAUAUGAUAUUGUUGACAUCUCCGUGUAUGGUUAUGGCAGGUUGGAUUUAGCAGGCAAGGUACAUUUCCUAAGUACACAUUAGCAUAGUAUGAAUUAUGUUCUGGUUGUCGGCUAUAUUGGCAUACCACGCUAUUAAAUGCAAAGCAAGCCUGCCCUAACUAUCUCAGGCAUACAAGUAAAGUCUGUAUUGGUGCUGCAGUUAGGUUUGGAUCUUUAGGCUUAUAGGCAUAGGACUAGGUAAGCUAGGGACUGUUCCUUGACAAUAGUGAUCGUGGGUCUUACUUACGUAGGACCUGCUGGGCUAGUGAUAGACAUGUUAUAGUGUACCUACAUAGGCUGCGGGGCUCAGAAGGACAAGAAGCAGCGCUAAGCCAUGCUUAUGAUUAAAGUAUCAUUGCUUCAUAAACUAACAUUGCAAAUGAGCUUAACCGGCAAUCUGUGUGUGCUUUCGCCGUAAGUAAUUGUAAAAGUGUACGUCAGAAUUUACUAGUCAAUGAGGAGCAGGAGUCCACCACUUUCAAUAUGGUCUGCAAUGUCCUCCGUGCCAGCAGCCUUGCCGCGGUAUGCCAUCAGGCACCUCAGGUCUUCGCCUUUCUUCACCCAAUACCCUGUCUGUGGGGAGGUCGCUUGCCGUGCAGCCGCUCGGUCUCUUGCUUUGUGGCCUUGGUCACAGGGAGCUGGGUCGUGUUGUGCCGAGCAGAGGGGAGCUGGCUUGGAGAGGCCUUUGUUGGUGCCGCUGGUAGGUAGGGCUCAGUUUUGUGUAGUAGCCAGUGUGUACCUGUUUCUCGGAGACAUCGUGCUUGAGAGGGAGCGCCGGUGCCCGAGGGAUAUGUCGCCUUUUCCCGCCAUCUCGUUUUACGGUACGCGAUGUGUCGGCCUUUGGUUGUUAGGACCACUGAAUGAGGAGUAGAUUGGGCCUUGAUUCUGGGCUUGUGCAUGUGAGUUUCGGCUCUCGAGGGACCCGGCACUGUCUCUCGCCCCUCCGAGCUUCGGCUCUGAUGCUGUCUGGAGGCCGCUCCGGCUCUGCGAGGGGAGUUCCAUUGUAAGAUGCGUCGGGUGGUCGGGCGUAUCCACGCUGCCACCUCCCUCAUCGCCAGCCUGUAGGGUUGUCUCCGGGCUUUAAGUUGUGCCCAGAAAUAGGUGCGUAGCCGGUCAAUGAAAACCCUUGUGUGCUUGGGUGGCUUGAUGCAUGUGUGCUGGGUCCCAGCCCUCGUCCGCGCCGCCAUCUUGGCUGGGCCUAUGAGGUCCCGUUUGAGUGAAGGUUUUGUCGCUUGAUCGGGUGUACAUGUGGGGGUAAUCGUCCCCAGCGAGGACCGGGAUGUCCCCCACCAGUCCAGAGGGGGGGGGGGGUAGCAGAGCUGUAAUGGGCUUAGGAGCGUGUCCCGUGCCAGGAGAUCGGCCGCCUCCCCCGGUCCUCAGGCUCCGCUCUAGUAUAGACCGCAUGUUCAGUUUCAGUUUUUCCGCGGCGCACUGGUGCCGGACAGAAAUCAUUUUGUUCCUGAUGCCAUUGUGCGUCUUGUACCGGUCCCUGUUUGCCGCUAAUGCUUGUAUAUCGGUUGGUAUCUUUACUCUUUUGUCCAGUGCUGCAGGAGCUCAUAAAAUGUGCAACCGGCCAUGUUAGCUUUCAGGCCCUGCCCCCACUGUGAUGUCUUUUUGCUGGACAUUUUCCAAACAAGGUUUUCAAAAUAGACCUUUCAGGAAAUGACGUACGAUACAGAGCCACUAACUGGGAACGACAGUGCUUUGUUUUUUUUUGUAUGCCUAAAUCUUUAUAGUUUUUGAACACACAAAAAAUGUAAAUGUUUUGCAUAAUGCUGCACCUUAAUUUUUCCUCUUAAUCACACCCCUUAUGCCAGAAAAACUUUUUUUGUCAAAUCUAUGUACAUAGUUUCAGCCCCAACAGCGCUGAGUGGGCUACUUUUAAUGCACACUUGGCUGCAGACAGUCAGAGAAACUACAAACAGGUAGUCAUAUCUUUACUAUAUGUCUCCUUGGGUGUCCUCUCCUUCUAAUGCAGGUUGUUUGUAGUUCAAAUCAUGCAGUACUGUUUAUGGACCGAGUCUUGUGCAUAUAUUUAAUAAGGAAGUAUUUUUCUGAAGUGGGGCGGAAGAUGGGGAGGGGGCGGGCAAAGAGGCAGGCUUAUGGUGGCGCAGUCUGGGGAAUUUUUUUAAUUGGUUUUUCAAAAUAUAGAUACAGUAAAGAAAAACAAAUAGAUAUUUGAUAGUCGUCUGAUUACAAACAGCAGAGCAAGAGGUUAUAUAAAAAUAGCUUCUGGAAAUGCAGGUGGAUAAUUAUGUACCUCAACGCAUCAUUAAAGCUAACUGUACGUUGUAUGUGUACUGCGUUUGGCACCGGGCGGGGUACGGUCAGCCCCUGUGGCUUGUUUUCCUAGUUUGUCCGUAGCCCAGUAUCAUGCGGGCAUCUGUAUGCUGCUUUUAACCCUUCGUUCACUAGAACAUAAGUAAUAAGUCCAAGUUUGCCAUGUAUCUUCAUAUUUGUCCAGUUACCUGCCUACCAUCGCAACCUCUUCCUCCACGUGCUGUAUCUCCUUGACCCUCCCCAGCCACUCCUGCUAAGUCAAGGUUCCUUGAGGUGCCAGUGCAUCGAGAUUUAGCGACCAGGCUGCUAUGAGCAAGUGCUGCGAGAGAGUCUUCUUGUAUUCUGAGAUUUAUAAGUUUGAUUUAUUCAGUAACCUCUCCACUGGGUUGAAUGUUAUGUCUUCGUCCGCUAACCGUGUCAGGGUGUCAAAGAUCUUCUUCCAAUAGGGGACUAGGCGUGGGCACUCCCAAAAGAUAUGAAUGAGUACCCACUGCAGCCCCGCAUCUCCAGCAGGUGUCAGCUGCUUCUGGGAAGUAUUUGUGAAUUUUCUGCGGUGUGUCAUACAAAUGGGUGAGUAUCUUAUAGUUUAUCUCUUGGUAUUUCGUUCAGCGAAAGCUGAGGUGCAUGAGUUAUUUGGGUCCAUUCUUGAUUGGAGAAUGUUGUUUGGAGAGAUUUUUCCCACGCAUUCUGAAACGUUGAGGGAGGGCAUUCUGUCUUCCGAUAACAGAAAAUACAGCACAGAGAUGCUGCUGUGUAGAACCGUCUGUUUUGAGCAAAUGUCCUCAAUGGAUACAAAGGCUACCGAGGCUUGAAAAUGGCACAGUUAAUGGUAUGUGAAAGGACACCCACAGCUUUGGAGUCUAUUGCCCACCAGUGUUUGUAAGGGAAGUAGCUUAGUUCCCUGACAUAGGUCUGCGAGUUGGAUAUAGAAGCCCCUACCCAAGAAGUUGUGUUCCCUUGCCCUGGCCUGCUGGGAAUUCUGGAUUGUUCGAAGCUUGGCUGUUGUGAGGGCAAGUUUGAACCGAAUUUGGUUCCAGGGUUUCAAAGUCGCCCCUAUGAACGGCUGUUCAGUAAUUCAUCUCCUGGAUGCAACGUCAUAGAGCCAUACCACCGCUGGAACGCUCCCACCCGAGAUCUCCCGUUCCAGUGCAUGCCACAUUUUCUGGGAGUUUGCGUUGUACCAUUCCACUAUUCUUGCUAAAUGGGUCGCUCGGUAAUAACCCAGAAAUUAUGGUAGUCCCAGAUCUCAGUCUUGCAUAGGUCUCAUAAUUUGUGUCAUCCGAAACAGAGGUCUAUUGCCUUUCCAAAUGAAGGAUAUUAAUGCCGAGGUCAAUGAUUUGAAAAAGGCUGGCGGGAGGGCUAUCGGAAUUGUCUGAAACAUAUAGAGUAUCCUGGGUAGCACGUUCAUUUUGAUGACGUUGAUACGCCCGAUCCAGGAAAAGUGUGGGAUUGUCCAAGAUUUCAUGUCAGCCGUGAGGCGGGACAGCAAGGGCUGGAAGUUAAGUUGGUACAACAGUCAUAAGUCUCAGGGGUCUGGGAAAUUUUUUUAUAUUUUUCUUUUGUGCAAAUAACUAUAAAGAUUUGAUUCAUUUAUCUUAUUGUGUUUUAGCAUGCAUUUAGAAAUAGAUUUAAUUUUUUUAAUUUUGUCUUCCUCAUCAUCAUUGCCCCUGUUAUAUUCCUUAACCUAUUAAAAUGUGUUAAAUAUCUAUUCUAUAAUGCUCUCUCCUCCACAGGUCUGUUAGAAACAACUGUACAGAAGGUUGCCCGUAUAAAAACAUUUACCAAAUCACUUCCAUCUGCUGUCUACUGCAUAGAAGACAAAAUGUAAGUGACCGAUAUGGAGUACCUUGCUUAAAAAGUUGACUACAUUUUGGUUCUAGCUGUUUUUACAUAUUUUUAAUGCCUAUAACAAUACCAUCACUCUCCUUGUACAGGGCUAUAGAUGAUAAGUAUAGUAGAAGAGAGGAGUAUAGGGGGUUCACACAAGACUUCAAGGAGAAAGAAGGUUACCGGCCAGAUGUCAAGAUAGAAUAUGUAGAUGAAACUGGAAGGAAACUCUGUCCCAAGGAGGUGAGUUUUAACACUUUAUUUCCAUUAUUCUCACUUAUGAGAGUGUUGUUUAUUUUUUUUAAUUAUAAUUAUUCUUAUUUUUAUUUAUUUUGUUUGCCUCAGGCUUUUCGGCAAUUAUCUCAUCGAUUCCAUGGGAAAGGCUCUGGUAAAAUGAAGACUGAGAAACGCAUGAAGAAGCUUGAUGAGGAAGCGGUAAGUCAAAAGGGAUACGAUCAGAGUUGUCAAACUAGAAGAUGGGUGCAUGAUAAUCCAUUUCCUGUAUGGGCUUUGGUUGCAUCUGUGAGUUAAUUGUAUGUUAAUCUCCAGCCAAUACCAACUGAGUAUUAACUGCAUAACUCUGCUUACAGGGGCCUAGCAAUAUGUCUUGUAUACCCACAAGUUCUUAUACUGUAGUUAUACGGUUUAUUGGUAUUUUUUUUUGUUUGUUUUGGCCGAGACUGUGUUUAUUAUAGGACACAUGAUCAUUAAAUAUACUAUACUCUAAAAACAAACGAUAAUUACAUUUAGAGCUAAUGUUGAUGAGGGAUUAAUGGCUAUAGACAAAAUUUUCUGCUUGCUUUUGCUGGAUGUAUGUACUUAUAGCUAUCAUGUCUCCCCUGUACUUCCAGCUUCUGAAGAAGAUGAGCUCCAGUGACACACCUCUUGGUACUGUAGCAUUGCUACAGGAGAAGCAGAAAGCUCAGAAGACCCCAUAUAUUGUGCUCAGUGGAAGUGGAAAGAGUAUGACUGCGUAAGUAACAGAGUUCAAUAUACAUUAACUAGGUUACAUUUUGUGUAUUUCAUCUAUGUGCUAAGCACUUAAAAUUGUGAUAUAAUUGGGCGAAGGUGAUAAAUAUUGUUUGACAGACAGACACUUGGCCUCUCCUUUUAUGGUUUUGGGGUUCUUUUUUCCCCAUGAUAAGACAACAGGUUUAUUGAAGUGGGGGGAAAAAAACUGGUAUUGUGAGGUAAAGUGCUAAAUCGGGGUUGUAGUCGCCAUGGAAGUCAUUAGAAAACCUCUGUUGCACCCAAGGUAGUAAUUGUCUUACAUUGAUAAUUCACCCAUAAAUGCAUGCUUUUUCACAGUAGCAAAAACCUAAACUGUAGCACACUUGUAUUUUCUGCCUCUAGCAAGGAAAAGGUUUUAAAAAAGGUUACUGCUUGAUAUAUUUUGGGUAUGAAUUACCUUUUGUCACAUAAGCAGUUAAAAGGAGAACUAAACCAAGGCUUUGUAUUUCAUAUUUACUUAUUCCUAAUCAUAUAAUAUUUCCUAAUUAAUAUGUAUUUUUGCAAUCCGUCUUACCUCCCUGCCAAUCAUUGUUAUAAGCUCUAUUCUUUGCAUCUGGCAGUAAACAUAGACAAACCAUGCAGAGAAGUGGAGAAAUUAAAUGUUUCUAAGUCUUUUCUUCAUUUGCCUUGUCUAAACUGGAUUGUAAAGUUCUUAGCUACAUUUUUAAUGUAAGUUUAAAAUCGAGCCUCUCGUGGAAAAUAAAAAAGAUUAACACAUAAGUAAUUUUCAGUUGUUUAAAUUCCUGGGCAGCAACAGUUUCCUCUUUAAAAUACGUUAUAAAUGUCUUUUUACAUAAAAUGUAAUCCAAAUGCGCUUUUUUAUUUUUUUUUAUUUCCUCUUCCAGGAACACACUCAUUAAGUGAGGAGAGUAAAACGAUCAGGUUUUAAUAUUCUAUAUUCUGACUGAUGUACAUAUUCCUGGGAUAUCACCAGUACAUAAUCCAGUUUGGAAGCGAGGGGUUUUUAGACAUCUGAUCAGCGUCUUCAAGCCAUUGGAUGCCUUGAUUCUGGUCUACAUAUGUAGGCCUCUUGGCUUCAAAUUACAGAGCACCCACUGCAUUUGAAUUUUUUUUUUUUUUUUUUAAUAAAGGACAUUUAGAAGAUUUGUACAUUGCGUGUGCUGGAAUCCAGAAAUACUCCAAUGUAUUAUAAUUUUUUUUUUUUUUCCUAAGCUACACUUCACAAUUGUUUUCAAAUAUGUAAUAAAGACCUAUU